GCCGUCGGGUGGUGACACUGUAGUUUAGGGAAAGGAAUUCUCAAAAUGAUUUGUCUAAGAAGAGUGACCCUCUCGUUGCAACGGCACACAGCCAGAUUCUAUGCCACAUCAGUUAAACUGCCCCUGAAUUUUCUGGAUGGGAAACGAGUUCAGCCUGAGACAUUAGAAGAAUUUGAUGUAUUCAAUCCCGCUACAGGUGAACAAUUGUGUCGUAUUCCAACGUCAGCAGCAAAAGAUGUGAACCAAGCAGUUGAAAGUGGUGCACGGGCGUUCCAAGUGUGGUCUCAGUUGUCUGGGUCUGAGCGGGGGAAAUUCCUUACUGAUGCUGCGAGACUAGUUAGGGAGCGCCGAGAUGUUAUCAGUGCCACAGAGACGAUGGACGUCGGGAAGACAAUAACCGAAGCUCGAUGGGACAUUGAUGGGAUGGCGGACGUGCUGGAUUUUUAUGCCUCCAUGGCAAGGACAAUAUCAGGGGAGCAUAUCACCAUGCCGAAUGGAAGUUUUGCGUACACACGCCGUGAGCCUCUUGGAGUGUGUGGUGGUAUUGGAGCAUGGAACUACCCAUUCCAAAUGGCCGUCCUUAAAUCGGCACCCGCCCUUGCCUGCGGAAACACCAUGGUAUUCAAACCAGCUCCACUCACACCCAUGACAGCUGUGAUGCUGGCUGAGGUAUACCAAGAUGUCGGGAUUCCUGAGGGAUGCUUUAAUGUCAUCCAGGGUGCCGCCGAGACCGGUCAGCUACUGAGCAGCCAUCCCAAGAUCGCCAAGAUGUCGUUUACCGGGAGCGUUCAAACGGGACGGAAGGUCAUGGAAGCAUGUGCAAAGGAUAUCAAAUACGUGACGUUAGAACUUGGUGGCAAGUCUCCUUUAAUCGUGUUUGCCGAUGCCGACUUGGACAACGCCGUAAAGGGGGCGAUUAUGGCUAACUUUCUCAACCAAGGACAGGUUUGCUCCAAUGGGACCAGAGUAUUCGUCGAGCGCAGCAUCCGGGACCAAUUCUUAGAGAAACUUGGUCGACGUAUGAAAGCCAUGAAGGUCGGGGACCCGAUGGAGGAAGACACGUUUGUAGGUGCUAUGAUUUCAAAAGAACAGAUGGAGAAGACGUCAUCUUAUAUUGCCGGUGCUAAAGAAGAGGGGGCUAAAGUCUAUUGCGGCGGGGAAAUUCUUCAGCCCUCGCCAUCGUUGAAGGGGAACUUCAUCACGCCCGCUGUCCUUGUUGACUGUUAUGACACGAUGAGCGCCGUCCAGGAGGAGAUAUUCGGGUCUGUUAUGGCGGUGCUAGAAUUUGAUGCAGAGGAGGAAGUCAUUGAACGUGCGAAUGCGACGGAGUAUGGACUUGCUGGUGGGGUUUUCACAAAAGAUCUCAGCAGGGCGCAUCGAGUUGCAGCGAAGAUCCAGUGCGGUUCUUUCUACAUCAAUACGUUCAACGUCACUCCUACUGAGGUGCCGUUUGGUGGAGUCAAGAAAUCCGGCAUCGGACGGGAAUUUGGAAAAGUUGCGAUUGAAUUUUAUUCUCAGCUCAAGUCGGUGUACGUUGAGACAGGGGACGUGGAGUGUCCUGUGUAGGACUCUGAUUCCUCUUGGCAUUCCAGGCUCCAUGAAUCCAGAGUCCAGUUUUUGCUAGUGGGCAUUCCAGGCUCCAUGAAUCCAGAGUCCACGAUUUGCCUGUGGACCUUGACAAGUCGUACUAAAAGAUGAAAUUUUUGUCUUAUAAUUGGAUCAGUGAUACGAUAAAUCUGGCUGUGUCGCUUCAGAUGUUUUACAAUACAGUUGUUGUCAGAAGAAAGGUGUCUAACAAUUGGUUUAAUUCGCAACCAUCUGCUGGGGACAGAUGAUAUUUAAGCAAUGGCCAAGUGAAAAACAACAAAUUUGCACAAAUUCUAGCGUGCUGAAAUUUUCAUGGUUAACUGUGCUCUGGGGUAAAGCUAGAGAGAAGUUGGACCCCUCAAAUUCUUCCCAAGCAUGUGAGGUUAAUUGUCAAUUAAUCUUUAUUUAAAAUUUAAUCAUGACUGUGAUUCGCUUUUCCAGUUUGCAUUUGAUUCAGAAAUACUACAUUCCUGACAAAAGGUAUUAAAUUUAUAAAUACAGGCUGUUAAUUGAUAGCUUGCCAUUAGAAAAUGCCUGUAGACUUUUUAGUUCAAGUCAUUUUAAAAGAUGAUCAGCACAUGUGGAAAAGGAAGCUCGUCCAAUUUGAUGCCAUCAGUCAUAAAAAUCAAAAUCAUAAAAGCUGUUUGAUUCAUUUGAAAUAGAGGUGUCAACUCUUUAGUAGGACACUCUCUAUUGGGUCACUGAUUUUUGUCCAAAAUAGUUUAAUUCGAAUUAGACGUCAGUAAUCAGAACAUCUCUUGAUAAAAUACAGCAUAUGUCAGUCCCAAGAUGUCUAUAAAAUGGAGGUCCUAAUGUACUUCUAUUGAAAAUGUGUGGGCAUUUGCUAAUGACCAAGUGUUAAUUAACGACCUGAAGGUGUGUUAUGGUCCAGUGAUAAUUGUUUGAAUUAAUACAAAUUUUAUUAUUUGAUUUAUAAUUCUAUCUUAUCCUGUCUUGUUGUACUAGUAA